AUGUCUUUCCCUAUAGCUUCUCCGUUAUCGCUGGCUCCACCGUCACCAGCUCCAUCAACACCAGAGCCGUCAACACCAGCCGAAGCCCGUGCCAGCCGCCGAGACGAAGACCGACUCUUCCGACACUUCCGCGGCUACACGUGGUCCCAACGAAGCAAGAAUACAAAAUCUUGGGUAUGGGAGUACGGCUUCGAUAUCGAGAAGGAUUCAGAGCGGCGAUGGGUUUGCAGAUUGUGCAUCCAAAAGAACGCGCCGAAGCCCGGCAACGUCAUUGCCUUUGGGACUCAAAAUGCUGAACGGCAUCUCUGGGAUCACCACAAGAUUCAAGACCCGUCCGGAAGACGCUCUGCGCCAUCGUCUCGAAAAAAGCCGUCGAAGGGAUACCAGACGAUAACAAAAGCCUUUAACCUCGAUUUAGCCACCCCCCGAGACCAAGCAAUCGCGAAUCGCUUUAUCAAGAGCUUCGAUAAGAAUGUCUUCCAGCGUCUGGUCGUCGAAUGGGUUGUCGAGAGCAACCUGUCCUUUCGAGAACCCGAGAACAGGAGGCUGCGAGCCAUUUUCGAGUACCUCAGCCCAUUUGUUGCAAGCACCGACGCCCACAUCGGCCACGAUACCGUUCGCAAGCGCGCGAUUGCCGAGUUUGAGAAACACAAGGGGAAGGUAAUCGACGUAUUGAGAAGUGCACCUGGCAUGAUACACAUAUCGUUCGACGGUUGGAGGUCGCGGAAUAAGCACUCGUUGUAUGGUGUUGCAUGCUUUUUUCGGGACGGGGAUGACAAUGCCCGCAAGCUUAUCCUUGGGGCCCCUGAACUGACAGUUCGCCACUUUGGGGCCAAUAUCGGAUACGAGGUCAUCGAAGUACUGGAGACGUACGAGAUCCCAGACGAGAAAGUCGGGUACUUUACGUUGGACAACGCGCCAAACAACGACACCGCAAUGGACACCAUCGGGGAGAGAUUUAAGUUCUUCAGCAAGGAAAGGCGGGGUCGCUGCUUUGGCCACGUCAUCAACCUCGUGGUCAAAGCCAUCCUCUUCGGAAAGGAUGCCGAAGCGUUUGAAGGCCGGCUGGGCCAUGGGGACGUCUCAGCUACGCUAGAGCACGAGCUCUGGCGGAAGAGAGGUCCUGUCGGCAAGCUCCACAACCUCGUGGUGGCGAUUCACAGGUCCGAUGUACUUACCACACUUCUCCGCAGUAUCCAACGACUAGAGUUCGAUGCAUCCGAGGAUCAUCGUGUCAGAAGUCGAAAGCCGCUCAACGUGGUCGUGGAUAACGAGACCCGUUGGCUGUCGCAGUUCUAUAUGAUCCGGCGGGCCCUGAAGCUUCGACCUUACCUCGAGACACUUGUCCUGAAGCACAAGCAAGAAUGGGAGAAAGAAAACACGUCGAAACGGCCCAAACGGCUCAAGGCAAGCGCCAUAAUGCCAGCUAUAUGUCGAGACGAGAAUAAGCUUGACGACAAGGACUGGACUGUCCUUGAAGCGUUCAAGAAAAUCCUCCAGAGCUUUGAAGACGCGGUCAAGGCCCUCGAAGGUGACGGGAUUCAACGAAAGCGCAAGCAGGCGCAUUUCGAGACCUAUGGUAACGUCUGGGAUGUGAUUGUGGGAUACGAGUUCUUACUGGCAGAACUGGAGAAAGCUAAGGCCAUGGUCGACCAGUAUCCUGAACCCGAGCAUUUCAGGGUUAAUAUCAAUCUUGGCUGGAAGAAGCUUGACGAAUACUACAACAAGCUGGAUGAGACUCCGAUAUAUUACACCUCACUGGCACUGCAUCCUGCAUAUCGAUGGGGCUACUUUGAGACGGUGUGGUCUGGUCGGCCGAAGUGGGUUUCCAAGGCGAAAGAGGUGGUACAGUCCGUUUGGGAUAGGGACUACAAGGCGUUGAACAUCUCUAGGUGCGGGUCUGGCGAACCAGCUGCAAAACGACAACGAACACAGUACUAUUCCCCUUUCGAACAAUUUAAGGAUGAAGCUCGGGUACGUCCUUGCCAAGGGCUCGAUCCCGACCAGGCGGAAGACGAGUAUGUCAGGUGGCAGAAGGACCUGUUACCUACAGAUAGCGACGUUCGGGAUCCUCGUGAGUAUUGGCAUUCACAGCGGUUCAAAUACCCGAGGCUUUCGCAAAUGGCUAUGGACUUCAUGACAGUUCAGGCGAAGAGCGCAGAGUUUGGAGGCAAGCACGAUUUCUAUUGCCAGGUGCUGCGAUCAUGGCUGCAAGCAGGCAUCGUGGAUGAGGUUGACCCCAUCCUGCUGGACAAGGCGGAUGAAACGGUGGCCGAGGUAGUGGAGGAGAAAGAAGUAGGAGAGUGGCUUAAGGGAUUGCGAAUGCAGAUGCGGGAGAAAGAGGCAGGGUGGGAGUGA